CUACACGUAUAACCCCUACCACCUGUGCAUUCUUCUAUUAGCCACGCUCACACUCCCUCAUGACUCACUUACCACCGCCAACCUCUACACACAAUACAACUUCAGCAAACAAAAUGGAAAAGAAAAGAAGAGAAAUCAGAGGAAGAGAAAUGAGAGAUGGAGAUCCAGAGAGUGAGGGAACCGCGAGGAAGAAGAGAAGGAGAAGGGCGUGGCGUUGGCGGCUGGGUACCGCCGCCGUUCAACUCUUCGUCGCACCGUCCACGUCGAGCUCGUCCCAUCACUGUCAUGUCACGAAGGAAGGGUCGCCGCCGUUCGUGCCUUGCCGUCACCAUUCGCGGAGGGAGAGGAAGCAAAUGCGCCAGAGGAGCUGUUGUCGCAGCCAUUGUGGCCGCCGCUGCCGCCGUGACCGCGGGCGUAGUCCGCCGUCGGGUCGUGUGCCACUGAUGGUGGUGAACCAAACGUCGCCCUUGAUGCUGGAGAAGAACCCCAGAGUUGCUGUUCUGGUUUCGAAUCCUCCCUUUCUGAAACUCUCUGCCACUUUGCUUCUAAUAUCUGCUACAACUAGUGUUGGUGUCGGUGUCGAUGCUGUUUUGGGACUGUUGUAGCUGUUGCUGGUUCUGUGUGAGGUUACUGCUGCUGCGAGAUAGGAAGAAAAAAAAAGGGAGAUUGUCGCGGUUAUGGAUUUCUUGGAGUUUCGGUUAAUUAAGGUAGGGGAUUUGUUUUAAAAAUAAAUGUUUUAAGUUAUGAAUGUCAUUAAAAUUAAAUGAGUAACUGCAAAUGGUUUAUGGUUGCUUUGCGUGAAUAAUUGUUGGAAUUGAGUUGAAUCAUGGUUGUAGUUGGUGAUUGGUUUAAUGAUUUAAUGUAGUAAUUAUUGACGAUGUUGUGUAUUUUGAAUUUAUACUUGCUGUUAGUACUUGUUGAUGUUGAUUUUGUGUAUGGAGUGUUGCUAUGGUUGCUGGAAAUUCAUUUGAUGAAUCAGAACUUGAUAUGUUGUUAUAGAUGAGAUGCUGAAGAAUGGAUGCUGUGGUAAUAUGGUUACGUUGCACCUAUGAUAUAAAAUUGUAAUAUAUUGAAUUAAGAGUUCUUGGGCAACUUUGGUUAGUCAAAAAAAAGUUAGAAAUGUGGUUUUAGAUGAAUCCUAGGCUU